AUGAACAACUCAUCGAAAAAGCUCGGCCCGAAAACAGUGUUUACACAAUGCCCUGAUCAGAAGGGGUACCUGAACAAUUGGCGCAGAUGGCAAUGGGAAGCUAACAGCGUUAACAACCAAUCCAAAGGGUCGGCAAAAAAAUCUUCUCAGAGCAAUGAUCAGCCCUAUCACUUCGAGUUUAUUCUUAUGAGCUACAACAUCCUCGCCCAAGAUUUGCUGGAAGGACACGCGCAACUGUACACCGAACAUGAUCCACGUGCAUUGCCUUGGAACCAGCGCUAUGGCCGCCUGAUGGCAGAGAUCAACACGAUUCAGCCCGAUAUAUUGUGUGUACAAGAGCUGCAGCAAAAUCAUGUAGAUCAUUUUCGCAAAGGGCUUUCCUACAACUAUGGUAUGUUGUAUAAGAAACGAACAGGCGGCGAGAAAACGGACGGCUGUGCUGUGCUUUACCGGCAGGAUCUUUUGGAUCUGAUAACUCACCACGAGGUGGAGUAUUUUCAGCCGAACGUCAACAAAUUAAACCGCGAAAAUGUGGCCAUAAUCGCCAAAUUUGCGCUGAAAAAUAAUCCACUGGUGAAGCUCGUCGUGUCCACCACCCACCUGCUUUACAAUCCUCGGCGGCAGGAUAUUCGGUUGGCUCAGAUACAAGUGCUACUUGCAGAACUCGAUCGCCUAGCGUUUUGUGGUACACUACCGAAUGGGACACCGCAGUACGACCCGGUCAUACUGUGUGGUGACUUCAACCUGCAACCAUUCACUGCCCCCUACGAGUUGCUGACCAAAGGGUUUCUCCGCUAUGAUCGAUUAGCUUCGCGUACUCUUCAUCGCGCAGAUUCCAAUGGACACGUGGAACAGACGGGAAAGUUGUUCCUGCCACCGGCACUCGGAAUCACCGACAAUUGUCAGCACGAUAAUCUGAGAGUUCGCGAAGGUGCACAAACUUCAACGUUCGAUAUGACACGGCUCUACCACUCCAUCCACAGUGCGACAAAAUCAAACCGAAAGGAUUCGGAAUCCGAAUCAUGCACUGCCGAAUCGUCGGCCAACUAUCGGCGGCAGUUUUCCUCCGGCUCGUUGGGCCAUCGCUUCGCAUUCGAAUCAGCAUACACACACCAUAUGUCGGAACAGAACCGCCGGGCCACCACUUAUCAGGACGAUUGGAUAACAGUCGAUUAUUUGUUUUAUACGCCCUACCGAUCGGUGGCCGAAUGCAGUCGCCACCUGCCCAACUGGAAUUUGGACUUAUUGGGCACGUACAUGCUGCCAACGGUGCAGAUGUGUGGUUUUGAGAUUGAGAGCAUACCAAACAUGCUCUACGGGUCAGAUCACUUCUCACUGGCUGGUCGGUUCGUGUUAAGCAUACCCAAAAAUUAGAGCAUGAGCUUUGUUGUGUUUUGUUACACGUUUUCAUUCUAAUUAUAUCAUUGGACUAGAGAAGAGACGAUUCCUCUCAUCAAGUUUGUAACUGAGCGAGAUUUGAUCAUUUCCCUUUGAAUUGAAUUCAUAAAAAGUAGGAAAGAAAGCUUAUACAGUUAGAUUUGUGUUUUACACGAACACACGACGCCUCUGGAAUAGAAUUUAAGAAGGCCCACUGU